CUUAAGUGCAAGUAGAACGACGAAAUCAUCUACGCAGCAAUUCUGCAGCUGGCGUUCCCAUUACAAUAACAGAGAGGGACAUCACCGGUGCUUAUCUUUCUUCAGGCUUCAUACAAAAUUGCCAGUCAUGCUUUCAAAAACAUCGUCUCACGCCUGUCAUUUUGUACUUGACCCCAACACUCAAGUCCUUAUAGCGCCAGUAUGGGUAUAGUAAUACGAACUUUAAGGUCAAUUGCAAAAAGUCUAGGGAUGUUAAAAAAGCAAAAUAAAGGCCCUGAUACAAGAUACGUUAAUUAUUAUACAGGGCCAGAAGAGGACAUGACGACAAUAGUUUUGAGUUUAUCAGAGUAUGGAGGUGGAAAUAUAACAAUGGAAAAAGAUGAAGCAACAGGAUUAGUGAUGAUAUGUAUAAAUAAUCCACAGAAAAGAAAUGCUUUUAGUGGCAAAAUGAUGGUUGAGCUCCAUAAUGCAGUUACUGAAAUUGAGAAAUGGAAAACUGGAAAAGGGCUCAUCCUGUAUGGUGCAGAAGGGCAUUUUUGUUCUGGCGGAGACCUCAGCUUUGCUCGAGAAAAUUGUAAUUCUCAUGCAGGAUUUCAGAUGGCAACAAUUAUGACAAAUACUCUCCACAGGCUACACAACCUGCCAAUCAUGACAGUUGCAGUAAUAGAAGGAGCAGGUGCCUUGGGUGGAGGUGCAGAACUAGCAGCAGCCUGUGACUUUCGUCUUGCAAGUAAAAGUGCAGCUGGAAUAGGAUUUGUUCAUGGCCGCAUGGGAAUUAUUCCAGCCUGGGGUGGAGUUACAUGGCUUGCAGAUGUUGUAGGGUGUCACAAGGCCCUUGACUUAAUCUCGUCUUCACAAAUAGUGACUCCAUCUAAAGGCAUACAGAUUGGAAUAAUAGAUGCCAUUAUCAGUGAUGAUAAUCCACUAGAUGAUGCAAGAGAAUGGUUAAAGGCACGAACACGAAGUGAUCCUGAAGUUAUUCAUGCAAUGAAGGCAGCAAUCAGAAAUGCUAGAGAGUUGGCAUACAAAAUUUCACUUCCAGUUGAAAGAAGAAUUUUUGCUCCAUUGUGGGGAGGACCAGCAAAUAAGCUUGCUCUCCAAAGAAAUGUGAAACACAAACUGUAGGAUUAAGAACUGCUUCACAGUAUUACACUUCGCUACGAAACUAUGCAACAGUUUUGAUGCUUGUUUUGUUUUUGUGACACCCAUGUGUGUAUUGUUAUCAGAUAAAUUAAGUGUAAGUAUACGAAGGCUUAAUGAUAGUACCAUUAGAAAAGAUAACCUAUCUAAAAAGUUAUUAAGCUUACACUUUUUCUCUCUGUUUUGGUGCCAAAAACUUUCGUACUGUUCUUUGCACAUACUAUUUUACACUGUAUGAAAAUAAUAUUCUUUAAUCUGUUAUUUAGUACACUCCCACAACUCAUUUUGAAGAUAUAUUACAUAAAUGUAAAAGGAUAUUUAUCUCAUUCUUUAUCAUUUCACUUUGUUUUCCUCUGUGUUAGAAUGGAUUGUUAUACAACUACAUCAUUAAUAUAUCCUAAACAUACUUGUAAUUAAUACAGGUCACAUAACAGAUAACAGUUUUUAUUUAUUUAGUUUCACAAUGGCACUGGCACUUUUUGUUUUGCCUUUUUUUCUUUUUUAAAAAAGGAGCUAUUACAUAGCACUGACAUAUUUCAACAAAUAUUUGCAUUCCUUAAAAUAAUGAGUAUUUCAGUUUGUACAAUAACAAAACGUUAAGAGAAGGAAAACUACGGUAGCACAUACACUGUAAAAACUGAAUGGUAAUUGGUACAGCAGUCAACACAAGGGUUUGAAACACUAUGGCAUAAGUAAUCCUUGGUCUUGAGGUUCUUCAGUUCUAUUCAGUAAUGCUACAGAAAGUCUAAUUUGUCUAAGCUUUCAGAUUUUGUAUGAAAAUAAGAACAAUGUCAAACACAUCAGUAAGACACUUAACUGUGCACUAUGAAUCUGAUUAAAGCGAAAAGUGUUUUUUGUACUAUGACUCACUGCAAGAACUCAGCUGUAUCAAAGAACCUCGAGACCAAGUAUCAACAUAGUUAAAUGCAACACCUUACAGGAUAUGACUUGGGUGCAACACUUACACUUUUACUCUUAAAUCAAAUGACUAGUGAAAUCCUUGUAAGAACUUUCUAGUGUGUAGUCGGAAAUCACCGAUACGUAGAUUUUAAAAUUCACUUAAUGCUGAAUACGAAGCAAGAGGAAGAAAUGGUAAAUUUUACUUUGUGGGUGUAAAAUUUUUUGAAAAAAAAAAAAAAAAAAAAGA